CAUAUCAAUCGUAAUCCUCUGCCAAAAAACACAAAUGCAACCCGCCAGCCCUUUUUCAUAUCCAUUCUCUUUGAGCCCGAUUCGUGUUCACUUCAUAGGAAUUAUAUUUCACCUCUUUUUUAACUUUUUUACUCGGAUCUUUUUAUGGGAAUUUUCUCAUGGUCCUAGCUUAGAGUUCAGUGCCCAGACCCGCUGUCAUUCUGCACUGCCGUGUCGUACUUUCUCCUGGCCCCGCUGUCACUGACUUCUUGAUCAAACACACUAUCUUGACGCUUCUAAAUUCAAUACUUGUACAGGACAAUUGUGCUAGUGUACUAGGCAACUAAAGACACAUAGCACUCUCACACUCAGAUAAGAGAAGACCAAUCGAUGUGAAGGAUUGGUUGAAUUGCGCAAUAAAUGAGGCUUUGUAAUAUCCAUUAUCAUCCUACAUUACUGUAUUACCCAUUCCGGAGUGUUUUCGUUGAGCUCAUGAGCUUCGGCUCCGUUUCUCAGUGGCUUGGAAUCAAUGGCAGCCAUGUAUCUUGCCACACCUCCUACGGGUGGCUCUCUGGAGUCCCUCCAACCACGUGGGCUCAAUUCUCGGACGGUUUCUCUUUGGCGGACCUGGAAACGGCUCUCGAGAUGCCAACGGAGCAUUUGUUAUAUGAUCAUAACAGUUUUAGCCGUGAUCGUCCUCUAUUCCUACAUGAUGCGAGAUGAAGCCAUGCGGAUUCCAGACCUCACUCAAUACGAUCCCAAAGCUCCUGAGAUGCCUCUUUCCGCCGUAUUGGAUGACGAUACUCGACAAAAGAAGGCGUUGAACAAAGUGGAACGGGUCCACAAUGCCAUUCAAGUCCCCGUGGACGAGAAACAAAACAUGGCCCAAGAGGCAGUCGACGAUUAUCAUGGCGAUGAUGAUGAUAAUGAAGGAGUGGACGCACCCGAAGAAAACGGCAACGAUAGCAAUCAGGCGGGCGAGGACAAAGACGAUGAUGAUCCACAUAAUGGCCAGCAGGCGAAAUCUCUCAAGUUCGAAGGACCUCAGAAUGAACGGCAAAAAGCUGUGGUCGAGGCCUUCCAACACGCGUGGAAAGGCUAUCGCACCUAUGCUUGGGGUCACGAUCACCUGCGACCCAUUUCGAAAUCGGCCCAGAACUGGUUCGGUCUGGGCUUGACCAUCGUGGACUCGUUGGACACAAUGUGGAUCAUGAAUUUGCAAAGCGAGUUCCGGGAAGCCCGAGAUUGGGUGGAAAGCACGUUAGAUUUCGGGGUGAACAAGGAUGUCAACUUUUUCGAGACCACGAUUCGUGUUCUUGGGGGUCUUCUGGGAGCGUUCCAUCUGAGUGGAGACGCCAUGUUCGUGGACAAGGCCAAGGACUUGGGUGAUCGUCUCAUGGGCGCGUUCUCAUCUCCCACGGGCAUUCCAUAUUCGGACGUCAAUCUCAGGUCCAGUCGAGGUCAUGUCCCCCAAUGGAGCUCGGAUAGUAGCACAUCUGAGGUGUCCACGAUUCAAUUGGAGUUUCGAGAUUUGUCUCGAUGCACGGGUAUCAACACGUACGAAGAUGCGGCGGAGAAUGUGUCCAAGAAAAUCCACGAUCUUCCAAAAACGGAAGGAUUGGUCCCGAUCUUCAUCAACGCAAACACGGGGAAGUUUCGUGCCCAAUCCACCAUUACCUUGGGAGCCAGAGGUGAUUCUUACUAUGAGUACUUGUUAAAGCAGUGGAUCCAAACGGGCAAAACGCAGGAAUACCUCAAACAAGAUUACGUGACCUCCAUACAAGGUAUGAAUCAUCGCUUAGCCAAACGAACCGUGCCCAACAAUCUAUUGUACUUCGGGGAAAUCCUUAGCGGUGGACGCUCCUUCAAGCCUAAAAUGGAUGAAUUGACAUGCUUCCUUCCGGGAACCUUAGCCCUUGGAGUGCACAAUGGCUUGUCCAAAGAUCACCUUGUAAUUGCUGAAGAAUUAGCCUAUACUUGUUACUUGACCUUUGCCCGCCAACCCACGCAUUUGGCCGCGGAAAUCACCUACUUCAAUUCGGAUUCGGCCUCGCAAAUGGAUUUUUAUGUCAAAUCCAACGACGCACAUUAUUUGCUUCGCCCAGAGACCAUCGAAGGCCUCUAUUACCUCUAUUACUUCACGGGCAACACCACCUACCAGGAUUGGGGUUGGAAGAUCUUCCAGGGUAUCGAGAAAUACACCAAAGUGAGGAAUGGGUAUACUACCAUUGGUAAUGUGAAAAAUGCCGUGGAUAUUAGACCCAAGGAUAUGAUGGAGUCCUACUUCCUUGGCGAAACUCUCAAAUAUUUAUACCUCCUCUUUGCUGACCGCCAUGAGAUUGAUCUCGAUCGAUGGGUUUUCAACACGGAGGCCCAUCCAUUGCCUAUAAGGUCGUACUAGAAGAACAAUGCUAUCCAAACAAUUGUCUCAUGUCACAUCCAGUAACAUAUUCAUUUUGGCUUUCUAUUUUUCAAGCAUGUCCUCUCUGUGAUAUUUGUCAAUUCAGGCGGUUUAAUUCGCAAAUAAAUUCGUACUGAAGUCCCAAUCAAA